AUGAAAGAUGCGGCGUCACACUUCUCGUUGGAGGAGCCUCUUUUGCUCAUGUGCGCUUGCGAGCGGUGGGAGCGUGUUCUGGCAUUGGAUCUUCGGGAAGCUUGGCGAGACUUGGGUGAGUUGGAGGAGAUUGGCCAAGGGUUGUUCCGCCUUAUUGCCGAACAAGAUGCAUGCCCAACGUCUUCCAAGACAAAGGAUCCAGUGCCGAAGCCUCCAUUGUUGGGCGAAGGAACUUUCAACCCAGAGGCGGUGUGGCAUGUAGCUGGUCUGAGACGCUGCUUACGACUGUUCACGCUACCUGGCUCACAGCAGGAGCUUGUAUCUGCAAUUGGCAAGAGGAGCCUCAACUUUCCAAACGGUUGGAGUUUGGAACACGAGGGUCCGUAUCCAGUUCGAUAUGAAUCUUUGGCACCGUAUGCGCAGACAUGUGGUUUCUUAGCCACCCAGCUCGGCCGAGCUAUCGCAGGGCCGAUCUUUCAGGCGUGUGACGUAGCUGAUCCCAUUGCAGCCACCCCUCUGGUAACAGUGCAAGUAAUCGGCACAGAGGACUUGUAUUUGCUGGCAGAGGAUGUGCUAAGCUUUGAUAGUUUCAACCCCACAGAGUUUGGUCGAGCCUGGAGACUUCGGCCCUUCCCAGACUACAGCGCUGCCUUGGAGCCGCUUGCUGCCCUGGCCAUGUUGGGCCUGGGUUUACGGGUGCACCGACGCUUUUGGUCCAAUGCACCCUUUGCAUUUUUGGAUGCCACUUGUGGAACUGGUACUUUGGCAGCAGCUGCGAAGUAUUGCGUCAAGGAGUGGAAGAUUUUUGCUGGGGAUGUGAAUGCUACGCUUGUGCAGCGAGCACACAUCAACCUUGAAGCAGCUUUUCCAGGCCAGGCAUACGAGUUGGCGGACAACAUGGGCAACCCUCCGCCAGAUCCAGGUAUCGGAGUGCGUGAGUGGGAUGCCACGGAGACGUGGCCCAUUCCAGCAGCAGCGCGGGUUGGCAGUGCUGGGCAAGGAUUGCUGGUAGCUUCGAAUUUGCCUUGGGGCAAAAAUCUAAAGUGCCAAGUGGAAGCUGCCACGCAGAUCACCAGAUGCUUAGCUCGGUCCUUCCCCUGUGCCACGCUUUGCCUGGUUGUGCCUGAAGAG